AUGCAGCAUUCACAAUUGGCCCCGUUGCCAAACGAUGUGCCUUUCCGCAUUGUCUCCAAGACAAUCGGACAGGGCGCCUAUGCCUGCAUCAAAAAAGCCUGCCCCUUGGAUUCGGACAACCCGGUCUUCGCGGUCAAAUACAUUCACAAAGAAUACGCUGCGAAGCACGGCAAGAUCAGCGCGCGACAACUGGCGCUGGAGGUGUCUGUGCACAAGCAUGUGACGGGGCAUCCCAGUAUCAUCAGCUUUUAUCAGACCGGAGAGGAUGCUAUUUGGCGAUGGAUUGCCAUGGAAUUAGCCGAAGGGGGUGACCUCUUCGACAAGAUCGAGGCUGAUGAGGGUGUGGGAGAGGAUGUUGCACAUGUCUACUUCUCGCAGCUUGUGAGUGCGGUAGGCUUCAUGCACUCAAAGGGUGUUGGCCAUCGUGAUAUCAAACCCGAGAAUAUGCUACUCACCGCGGAUGGCAAUCUCAAAAUCGCUGAUUUUGGUCUGGCGGCACUGUUCGAAUACAAGGGAUCUCGGAAAUUGUCUGCCACGUUUUGUGGUAGCCCACCGUACAUCGCACCGGAGGUGAUUAGUUGCAGUACACGAGGCCAGGUCAAGGGGUCGGGAUACCACCCCGAUAUCGUGGAUAUUUGGUCUUGUGGUAUUGUUCUGUUUGUCCUUCUGGCGGGAAACACUCCAUGGGAUAGUCCAACGGACGAUAGUUACGAAUUUCACGAAUACCUGGCUACAAAUGCACGCACAACUGAUGAGCUAUGGCAAAAGCUACCCCCUGCAACACUUUCUUUGCUAAGGGGCAUGCUGACUGUGGAUCCUAAAAAUCGUUUUUCGUUGGAGGAUGUGCGAAGGCAUCCGUGGUUUACACGGCCCAACAAGUUCCUGUCAGCCGAUGGGAAGCUGAGGGACCCGAUCAACUUGGCAACCUCAAUGUUUGAGUCUCUGCACAUCGAUUUCAGCCAGGAUCCUCUUUCUCAAAAGCGUAAAGGUGCCAGUCGAAGCUUGGAGGCCAUGGACAUGGACAUGGAUGUGAAUAUGGGUGGAGGCGGUGAUGCUGCAUUCUCUUCUACGCAGCCUGAAAUGCCAGGUGGUGGCAUAGUGAUGGACUGGGAUGCUCCUCAUUUGGCUUCCGAGGUUUUCUCAUCUACCCAGCCCGCUGGAAAGCUAUUUAACACCCAGGAGGCAGCCUUGGCCAAUCAUCUCGAGGACGAGCCGUCGAUGUCUCAGUUCUCCCAGCAACCCUCUGUGCCACUAAGCCGCACUCAAAAUGCUCAGAAAUUCCAAGACAUCAUCCCGUCCCGUUCAAUGAAUCGUUUCUAUUCUGCCUGGGAGCUCAAACUUCUGGUCCCCUUGAUCUGUGAGGCUCUUCAUCGACUUGGAGUACCGGUUCCAACUGUCCCUGCCGUGAGUACUGGCGACACUUCCUCGAUGAUCCGCGUCAUCACAAAAGAUGGUCGACUGUGUCAACUUCAAGGCAAGGUGCUUAUAGAAUGUGUGUCCGAGGGCAUCUUUGAAGUCGAAUUUGUCAAGGUCAAGGGUGAUCCGCUAGAAUGGCGCCGAUUCUUCAAGAAAGUGACCAUCCUUUGCAAGGAUGCGGUGUUCAAGCCGGAUGAAUAA